AUGCUCAUCCGUGCAGGGGAUGAGGUUGAUGACCAAGCGGGGAGCAUUGCCAAUCACAAUGGCAAACUGGUGGACGUUAGACGAGUUGCCAAGGAUUUUCUCAUGAACCUCAGGAUCAAUACGGUUAUCCACAGUGGUGUUGAGGAGGUGGAUGUUCUCUUGGGAAUGGGGAAGAGCCGCCGAGAUAAGACGAUUGGGAUGGCCACGGCCACGAGCAACAAUGGCUUUGAGGGCGGGAGUGUUGAAAUGCAUGGUAGCAGGAAACGGAGAGUUGGGCAGAUGAGAGGAUGCUUUGCAACUGCUGGGGUUAAAGACGGCGAAGGUGCUGAGCGGGAAAGGUAG